CUAGCAGUAUCCUUGAUUUAGCUAUCAGUAUCCUUGAUUUAGCUAUCAGCACCCUUGAUUUAGCUAUCAGCAUCCCUGAAUUAGCUAUCAGUACCCUUGAUUUAGACAACAUCAUCCUUGAUUUAGCUAUCAGCAUCCUUGAUUUAGCUAUCAGCAUUCUUGAUUUAGCUAUCAGCAUCCUUGAUUUAGCUAUCAGCAUUCUUGAUUUAGCUAUCAGUACCCUUGAUUUAGACAACAUCAUCCUUGAUUUAGCUAUCAGCAUCCUUGAUUUAGCUAUCAGCAUUCUUGAUUUAGCUAUCAGCACCCUUGAUUUUGCUAUCAGCAUUCUUCAUUUAGCUAUCAGUAUCCUUGAUUUAGCUAUCAGCAUCCCUGAUUUAGCUAUCAGCAUUCUUGAUUUAGCUAUCAGCAUCCUUGAUUUAGCUAUCAGCACUCUUGAUUUUGCCAUCAGCACUCUUGAUUUUGCCAUCAGCACUCUUGAUUUUGCCAUCAGCAUUCUUGAUUUUGCUAUCAGCAUUCUUCAUUUAGCUAUCAGUAUCCUUGAUUUAGCUAUCAGCAUCCCUGAUUUAGCUAUCAGCAUUCUUGAUUUAGCUAUCAGCAUCCUUGAUUUAGCUAUCAGCACUCUUGAUUUUGCCAUCAGCAUUCUUGAUUUUGCUAUCAGCAUUCUUGAUUUAGCUAUCAGCAUCCUUGAUUUUGCUAUCAGCAUUCUUGAUUUAGCUAUCAGUAUCCCUGAUUUAGCUAUCAGCAUUCUUGAUUUAGCUAUCAGCAUCCUUGAUUUAGAUAUCAGAAUCUUUGAUUUAGCUAUCAUCAUUCUUGAUUUAGCUAUCAGCAUUCUUCAUUUAGCUAUCAGCACCCUUGAUUUAGCUAUCAGCACUCUUAAUUUAGCUAUCAGCAUCCUUGAUUUAGUCUGA